AUGGCUGAUAAAGAGACACAAUCACCAAAGUCCGGUGAAGAUGCGAAGCCAAAGGACGAGGCUCCUACUGCAGACAAUGAGAAGAAAUUGAAUAACCAAGACGGUAUCAUUGAUACUCCUGUCAAAUGUCCAUCUGGGUAUGCGAAGGACCAGGAAGGAAAAUGCCAAAUGUCUGACGAACAAGUGCAGCAAGUAGAGAUGACGGAGGAGGAACCAAAAGUUGAAGAGGCAGGUGACAGCGAAAACGCAACAGAACCUACAAAUUCGGUUUUCACUAAUGUUGUUGUUACGCCCCCAAAUUGUCCAAAAGGAUUCCAGAGGGGAGCGGAUGGUGUGUGCCGAGAAGUAUUCUAG